GCCAUACAGACGGAAGCCCAUUCCCUUCACAGAGCAUGUCUUCACCGGCUGCUUCAACCAACUGGCCUGGCUCCCCCGGCAUGCCUAGACCGUCUCCUGCCCGGCCAGGACAAUCGCCUCUGGGCCACGCCAUCAUGCACAGUCCCCAGCAGUCUGAUCUCAAGAUAGGCAGUCAUUUGUCUCGAGUUCUUCCGCAAAGGUCUUGGGCAGGCGCAGUACCGACUCUACUCACGCACGAAGCUCUCGAGAUACUGUGUUGCCCUUCACAGCAUCCGCAAGGACUUCUAGUACUUGAUUUAGCCCCGCUAGAGAGAUUCUUGGGGUGCGUCUAUAUGAGGAGGCAGUUACACAGGUUCAUACAUAACGAGGCGUAUCUGACCAUUUUAAAUAAUACUGAGCCAGGAGUGAUCCACUUCAAGGUGGCAGAAUCGUUACAGUGCCGAAUUGGACUAAAUACUCAGCAUUUGCAAAGUUUGCAUUUGAAAAUCACCCCAUUGCCUGAACACAAAGAAGUGUGGUCUCAGGAUGACUUGCAGGUCCUAGAGAAGUUCUUUGAUACUCGAGCAGCUGCACCUCCUUACAAACCCAAUUCAAUGUUCACCUUCUGUACCAUGUUGAACCUUCCUGUGAACGUUCUCAAAGACUUCAUUCAACUGAUGAAGCUGGAAUUAGUACCUGGCUUGGCUCAGCAGCAAGGCAUGAAGUGGUCUGUACAGUACAUGUUGAGGGUGCCACCCGGCGCUCCCCCAAUAGUUCCUACCGGCGUAACAGGAGUGCUUCUCUUCAGAUCCAAAGUGUUGUUUUUUCUACAAAUAACGAGAAUAGGCAUUCAGUACCCGCUGAACAUGGAACCCCCUUCUGUCAUUCUUCCCUUCAUAUACGACAUCAGCGCCAACGUGACCACUCUGGCGGAGAAACGCGACACUGGCGGCAUCGUACCCGCUAUGACGGCCGCCAGCCAGCUGCUAAAACACUUCAGCCAGUACCAGUCGAACAUGAACGAAUGUUCCGUCUUCCCUGCCAUUAGGGAUCUCUUGAUGAACCUCACUUUGCCGUCCGACCCCCCGAUCCCGAGUCCGGUAUCUAGUGGCGUGCAGCAAAUCCAGUCGCCAGCCAUGCAAAUGCCCGGUCAGGGCAACCAAUACCCGGUAAAUAUGCCGAUGGGGAUGAUGGGAUCCCAGUAGGGUGGAUGUUCGUUUGUAUUAUUGUUUUGUUUUUGACCUGUACAUAUUUUCGUAUGGAGAUUUAUUUGAAUUCAAUAAAAAGUUAGUUUUCUUAAAA